AUUGAUAAUUUUCAUUCGUUAAAUAACUACAGCCAUGUUUACAUUAAUAUUAUCAUUCGCGGUGUCUGCAUUUGUGGUUAUAGUUUUUAAAUAUUUAAAUGCCACACGUAAGCCACCUAUUUUAGGUAUUUACCAGCAAAGGAAUAAAGGUUAUUGGCUUAAAUUUAUUUUUAUGUACGUUCUACUCACUGUAAAAAGGCUGAUUAACGAAGGCAAGCGUCUCUGGGCCGUGGAAGUGGGCCAGAGUUCCAACGGCACCGAACAAGUACAUAAAUAUGAUUCGAAUUUAGAACAAAAGUAUAUUUUCGGUGACCAUCCUAAGGCAGUAGAUGCUGUUUACUUCAAUGGCUUGUCAAAAGAUGGAUCCGCGGUCGUCUGUGGGCUAGCUCGUAGACCUAACCAUUAUUGUGACGCCUUUUUGUACCUAAAGUGCGAUGGUGAAGAUCUACUUCUGUCUCCGAACCUUCCGGACACGCACCUAGAGCAAACCGAAUCUGAACAAGAAGAGUACAGUGUGCAAGGAAUCAAGAUUACCAACUUCAUGCCAAUGCGCACAUGGAAACUAUCUUAUACCGGCGAAAUGAAAUCGAAAUCCAACCCGGAUAAGCAUGUGAAGGUGGAAGUAUCACUUACAUGGAGCGCAGCAUGGGCGCCGUUUAAUUAUGAUGCGCACAUGUCCCCUUCCAGCAUGGCCGGAGACCUGGCGAGAGAACCCUGGUCCCGGGAAUACUUCACACUAUUAGAGAAACUGCAUCAAACACAUUAUGAACAAAUGGGUUAUAUUGGAGGUAUCGCUGUAAUCGAUGGCAAAGAACAUUCGCUGGAUAUGCCGUGUUUGAGAGACCGUAGUUUUGGACCGUUACGUGAAUGGCGAAACUUCCACCGAUACGUUUAUCACUUCAUGUUCCUUGAGAACGGCGACUGCAUGGCGGUGGGCAGUGUGUCCGAGCCCACUGUUUUAUCUCAUUUGACUAUUGGGUAUUUGUGCAAGAAAGCAGAUCAAUCAGUGUUGCCAGUUGACUUUUGCGACUUUCAUUUGUAUCAGCACGCUGAAAAUGAAAUACUGCCCAAAGACUACGGAUUUGUUUUCAAAAGUGGUUGCAAGUCGUAUGCUGUAAAAGUUAAAGUGAACGACGAAGAUACAUUUUACAUUGGCAAGGAUAGAGUUGCAAAAUUCUAUGAAAGAUGGUGCUCCGUUGAAGUUAACGGAAUUCGGGGCUGGGCUUGCGUUGAGUGGCACUAUAAUAAUGUGCGGAACUGACACAAAAAGUAAAUAAAUCUGUAAGAAAAAAAAAACAUUAUUUUUUUUAAUUUUUUCAUAUGUUAUAGUCAUCGGAGUUAAAGAUGUUUACAAAAUUUUAGAUCAAUAUUUAACGCAAACUGAGCAAGUUGAAAAAAUAAUUUAAUAAGUUAUAGUAAAUACAAUAUGAGACAAUUUAUCUUGCCAUUUUUCCAAAAAUGUUUAAUGAGGUCAUAGGCGUGCCAUCAUAUUAUUUUGACUUUGUUAUUAUUAUUUGAAACAUUUCUUUCGUCGUUUCGCUACUCAUAUGUAUAACCUACUUUAUAUUUUUUAUAGUGCUAAUGAAUUUUAUGAUCAAUAGUGUCCAAAAAUAUUGCAUCGUGUGCCAUUGGUUCGCCAUCUUAUACAUAUAUAGGGGGUGAUUAAUAUCAAUAGUUAGUGGAAAGUUUUGUAUAUUUAUUGUAUUGCAAUAUCAACUAAAAUAGAAGACAUGUACUAAUUUAUGAAGCGUGAAAACUUACUUUAUAAUACUGAUUGAUAAAUUUUAUGAUAGUAUAUAAA